AUGACGGAUAGCGACAAGAAUAGUAUUAAUGUCAUAGACUCAGACGUACAGGCCAUUCACUUUCGACCUGUAUCAUUCAUUCCCCACGACCCAGAGGUUUGGUUUGUUGCAUUAGAGUCUCAGUUCGAGACUCGUCGCAUUACGAGCCAAAGGCAAAAGUACGCCUUCGCUCUCGAAUCAUUACCCGGGGACCAUUUAGUUGCUGUACGUGAGGUCAUCCUCAAUUCCAAUGUGCCUAAUGUUUAUGAUCACCUCAAAGAGACAACUCUCCGACAUUUCCUCCCAUCGAGGGAGGAACGAUUGAGGGCAUUGUUAACACGUCACCCCCUGGGUGAUGCUAAACCAAGCCACCACCUCACGCGCCUGCAAUCUCUUGCAGGACCAACAGCAUCUGACUCGGAACUAGUUAAGGAAUUGUGGCUCGAGUCACUACCAGCUCAUAUCCAGCCUAUUGUGACGGCACUGCUCGAGGACGCACCGCUUAACCAGGUAGCCCUCAUAGCAGACAAAAUUUUAGCGAGGACUAAUAACAGAGACAGCUAUGUAGCUGCUUCGACGGCACGUCCUAAAUUAGACAGGGACGCCGAUCACUCCCCAGCUCAUGGCGACAGGGACGGGUGUAUUCACAAACGUCUUAAUUUUCGAGACCGUUGUAACGUACCCAAACCCUAUGUCCCCCGAGCUCGCUCAAGUUCUCGCAAACCCGUCACCACUCGCCCAAAAAGGGAAUCUUCCAAGUCACGCCGAAGGGCGGCUUCGGAAGCGAGUGACAGUUGGUGCUGGUUCCAUAGGUCCUUCGGGUCUGGCGCCCGCCGUUGUCGAGCACCAUGCUCAUACAACGCGGGAAACGCCAGCGCCGGCGAGUAA